AUGGGUCCAAUCCAUUUCGAUGAAUUGGAGGCACAGAAAGAGAAUAUAAUAUCGCUACCUCAAGGACGAUCUGCGACACGCGUCACUUCUGCUAUGAACAAAUCUCUGAGUUCUAUAUAUGAUACAAGGCUCGCCUUCGAACGUGAUAUCCAUGAUACAUUGGAUGAACUUGAUGAUCCAUUGCAAUUGUUUUUAGAGUAUAUCAACUGGAUUCACGAUAACUAUCCUUCUCCCACCACAAGACAAUCUGGCUUACCAGAGAUAAUGGAAAGAUGUAUAGAGUACUGCAAGAAUAUUGAAACGUACAAAAACGAUGUACGAUACUUGAAGUUGUGGUUACAGUAUAUUGAUCUAUUUGCCGUCAAAUUGGAUGAAAAAAGAGAAAUGUUCGUCUACAUGAUGAGACUUGAAAUCGGAGAUAGAUUAGCAUUGUAUUACGAAAGUUUCUCCCAGUUGUUGAUCAAUAUGGAUGCAUCCGGAGACGCACUAGAUUUGAUUGACCGAGGGAUAGAAAAAAAAGCAAGGCCACUGCGGCGACUUGAACAAUUCAAACUAAGUGUCCAACAAGCAAUACAAACUCGUGGUCUAACGGAGCAGGAACUACCGCGAAGCUUUUCAACAUUCGAAAUCCAUGGUGAUCUUGUCCUUGGAAGAUAUAGAAGUGAGAUAAAUGAUACUCGCAAUAAUUCUAUUAGCCGCAAUAAUGAUAAUAGCAUGUCUGAAAGAUCGCAGAACUCGUUGAAAUCCACUGGAAAAUUGCAAGUAUUUGCUGAUAAUGAAGAAGAACUGCAAAAUGAUAAAUUUAUGUUGAGGCAGGACCUCCCUACCUUGCCACCAUAUAAAACCCGAAAUAAAGAGAAUCAUACGCCGGCCAUACCUUUUAAAUCAGGAUCUACGAUAGCGCCAUUGAAACAAUCUAACAGCUUUUCGCAAACAGAUUUGGAUAAAAUACCAGUAUUCAGAGAUGAUCUCGGACGGGCUACGCCGGUUUAUAAACUGAUAGAAGUUCCUGGUCGGAAGCCAGAAAAAAUACAAACAAAUUUUGAAUUACUAUACCCUACAGCGGAUGAGGAGUAUUGUAUUGAAGAAGUUUUGGCACUAGCAAGAAACUGCUACUAUAAGGAAAAAAAUUCCAGUGUCAAACGACAUUUGGAAGAAAAUAAUCACGAGAAUUCCAAACCCAUGAAGAAAAGAGGUCUGCAACCAAAAUCUCCCGAGUAUCAUAAGGUAACUACAACUUCAAUCCUUCCUUUAAAAGGAGACAUUGAACCAGAUGGUUUAACCGGACAUUCUGAUGGUAAGUCAAAGUCUCCGACAGUAACUAUGUUCUCCAAAGAUGCCAUGAAUGAAGUAUAUUCAAUGUUCAAUCAAAGUUAUCAUGACAUGAAAAAUUACUCUGACCAUGACGAUACAACUAGUGGUAAGUUCACCAUGUAUGAAAACUUUCAAGAAGAUCUAACAGGUAAAAACUCUGAAGACUUAACAGAAGUCAAACAGCCGAUGGAAAGUAAAAACUUAAGUGCCAGUACCAGUGCCAAUGCAACACCUUCCAGAGAUCAAAAGCAAGAAACUACUACCCCCACUUUCAAAAGUAAACUACAGGAUUAUAUGACACCAAUUCAGGAAAGAACUGAACCCAAUUUCAAGACCCUACUGUCGCAAGAUGACGAUAUCACUGGUGAAUCUAGAAGGAAGAGUACAAAUUCAGUUAAUACGGCGGAAUCUUCGCCUUUUCUUACACAACCUCAGCGAUUACUUGACCCCUCACCUUCACACCAGAUUGUUGAGAAUCCAUUAAGUUUGGAGCUAAGAAGAGAGUUAUUGGAAUCGUUGGAUCCAGCUUUAGCAUCAUACCCAACAUAUUAUGAAUAUUCGCAACAGUUGAAAAUGAGCUCUUUAUUGAAGCGGAUUCAGAAAGUGUCAAAAAAUAUGAACAAAAAUCCGAUAGUCGAUUUCAAGAAAACCAACGAUUUGUAUUGUAUCAGAAGGGAACUUGGAGAAGGAGGAUAUGCAACAGUAUAUCUCGCAGAAUCUAGCACAGGCCAAUUAAGUGCUUUGAAGGUAGAAAAACCGGCAAGUGUAUGGGAAUUCUAUAUACUAAAACAGAUAGAAAGAAGAGUGCCAGACGAAGCAAUACUAAAAUCCAUAAUAAAUGUAAGUGCAUUGCAUUGCUUCCAGGACGAAAGCUAUCUUGUGUUAAAUUAUGCUAACCAGGGAACAAUUUUAGAUCUAGUUAAUUGGGAACGCGAGAGAAAUGGAGGUGCAUUAGAUGAGUGCCUCUGCAUGUUCAUAACUGUAGAGUUGAUGAGAGUUUUAGAAUGUAUUCACGAUGUGGGAAUUAUCCACGGCGAUAUUAAGCCAGAUAAUUGCAUGAUCAGAUUUCAGAAAGUGUCUCAUUUGGGUAAGUAUUUUGCAAAUGGAGAAAAUGGAUGGAAUAGAAAGGGAAUUUAUCUCAUUGAUUUUGGAAGAUCUUUCGAUCUUUCAUUAUUCCCACUGGGAACCAAAUUCAGAUCUAACUGGAAGACUGACCAACAGGAUUGCCCUGAAAUGAGAGAGCAACGUCCAUGGAGCUACGAAGCUGAUUAUUAUGGGCUUGCUGGGGUGAUAUUUUGCAUGCUAUUCGGACAUUACAUCGAAACAGUAAAAGUAGCGUCCAACAGAUACCAGUUGAAAAGCCCUUUGAAACGUUACUGGCAGCAGGAUAUUUGGAAUCCACUUUUUGAUUUAUUAAUAAAUAGUGGAGCACAUGACAGCACACUUGUUUCAAAACUUCGCCAUUAUAGGGAGCGUAUGGAAUCGUACCUUGAAAGAGAAUCGGCAUUGAAGCUCAGAAAUGUCGUCCUUAGUCUUGAAGCGGAUCUCGAGCAUUUGAGAAAAUGA